UUUUGGCUAAACUAACCCUUAAACGGUUAAAUGAGUCGGUAAAUUGACUCGAGAACGAUUUGAACCGAUUCAAUCCGAUUCGUGAAGCAUUCAGCAUUCGCUGUUCAUUAAAGCUGUAGUUCAUACGUUAUUAGACUAGAGGAAACGAAAGAGCCGCUCUGAAAUCGUGGAUGAGUUCGUAAGUGUGCGAUGAGCUAUUUGAGUGAAUUGAACUAGUGUAUUAGGGGUUACAUCGUGCAAGAGAUGGCGUCGAAACGUCCGUUUUGCGAUGCAGACUUUUUUUGUCCCGUUUGUCGUGAUGUUUUCGAUCAUCCAGUGGUGCUUCCGUGCGGCCACAGUGGCUGCAAAGAUUGUAUUGAGCAGUACUGGAGAGUCAGUGACUCGAGACAGUGUCCACUAUGUAGACAAAUAUCUGCUAACAAUCCUUCCCUUAACUUGGCUCUGAGAAACCUAUGUCAAGCAUUCUUGGAUCACAGGCGCUAUCUAGAGGAGCUGUGUGAAGUUCACCACGAGAAACGGACUCUGGUGUGUUGUGAUGAUGAGCAGAUACUGUGUGAGAUUUGUAGAGAAUCUGAAGAGCACAGAAAUCACACAUGCCGUCCAGUCCAAGAGAUCGCUGAGGAACACAAGGCAGUUCUGCUAGGUAAACUUGGUCUCUUGAAGGAAAAAAUGCAUCUCAUGAAAGAAGUCAAUGUUGAGAAUGAUUUUGCGGGGAUGAAUAUACAGGGCCAGGCUACCUAUUUGGAAAAUCAAAUAAAGGAUUCAUUUAAGCAUCUUCACCAACUUUUGGAUGAUGAAGAAAAAGCCAUGCUUAAUGAACUAAAACUGGAGAAGGAGAAAAAAAUGGAAAGUCUGAAAGAUAAAAUUGAGAAGAUCGGUGAAGAAAUCGGCAUGCUCACCACCAUUAUUAAAGACCUGAAAAAGGAGUUAGAUAGUGGGGACAUCAGAAUAAUUCAGAACUUCAAGGACACGCUGAUGAGAGCUGAGUGCAAAUUUCAGGAUCCAGAGAUGACUGCGGGUGAUCUUAUUGACUCUGUCAAGUAUUUGGGCAACUUUAAGCUCAAUGUUUGGAGGAAAGUCAGACGAUCUAUCAGUUACAGUCCUGUGGUUCUGGACCCCAACACAGCCCACAUUUACCUCACAGUAUCUGAUAAUCUGACAUGUGUGUGGUAUGGAUUUGAGAUAACUGAGCCGAUUCCGGAUAACCUGGAGAGAUUCGAUCGUUGUCCCUGUGUACUGGGCUCUGUGGGCUUUUCCACAGGGACACACACAUGGGAUGUUGAGGUGGAACACAACUCGUCCUGGAUGGUAGGUGUCGCCACAGAGUCUGUCCAAAGAAAAGGAACCAACUGCUUGUCCAGUGGAGUCUGGUGUAUCGGACUUAAAGAUGAAAUUCUUAGUGUCACAGAUCCUCUGGAGUCACACGUCCCACUACUUGGAUUUGAGAAACCAGCGGCAGUGAGGGUGAAGCUGGACUUGAGUGCAGGGCGGCUGUCAUUCUCAGAUCUUCUGUGUGAGAAUGUCUAUCACACCUUCACACACAAUUUCACUGAGACCGUCUUUCCAUUCUUCUUCACAGAUUGCCAUUACCCUCUCACUAUUUUGCCUGGGGUCAAGCCUGAAGAGAUCUGAAGAGAAGAACGUUGGCUGUUACGUGGUGUUCUUGAUUUCCUUAUUUUACAUUGUUCCUUGUUAUUGUUAUUGAUAUGGCCUUUGAUUUUAAAGGUCUCUUCAGUUUGUACUUUCAGGAAUGUUCAAAGUUAAUGUGGGUUAAGUAUGUUAUUGUUUCUGGUACUAUUUUAUGUUAUUUUUUUUAAUUUAAUAAAUGUUUGAAAUGUUUACAAGGAAAAUCCUAAGUAGCAGAACAUUCUAGAAAGAUGUUUUGCCUCAUGUUUGUGGAAAAAACCUUUUUUGAUGUAGAAAGUGUGUGGUGCAUGUUAGUGAC